AUGUCAACAGAAUCAUGCAAGAGCGACCAGCACAAUCAGCACUGCACGAGCGAUAUCGACGGAAAGGCUCUGCUUGCGGUGAUAAUUUCCCCUCAAGGUACAAUGGAUGGCGGCAAGAUACUCAGCCUCAAGUGGGCCAACCCGGAAGGGUUCAGUUUGCCAAUUGUCCCAGGUGCCCCUCGUGCCUUAGGCGAAAGCACGCCCACGGGGACUUCUGCCAACAAAGAGAACAGCCAGCAACAGCCACUGGCCCCACCUCUGGGGCGGGUCAGAGAAGCGGCAUUGGCUCUGGAGAGGCGGGCGAAAGCAGAAAGCGAGCAGGAGAAGGGGAAAGGAGGUGCUGGAAGCAAGGAGGCACUACGGGACGUACCAGAGGUGUUACAGCGGGGGUCUCUGGUCAGAGAACCACUCUUUGUGGCCCCAGUGCCAGCAACUGUUGGGGCGGGUGCGGCCAGCGAGAGGGCAAUAGUUCUUGGCACAAAAGGAGGUCAAGAAGACACGCACGGCGUGCAUGAUGUGCCGGUCCCUGCGGAGACUUGCCAAUCACUUGAGGGCGUUGAAAAAGCGGUCAAGCAGCCUCAAAGCCCACUUUCCGAAAUCCCCAAAAGUGUGUUGGGGGCCAGUCAUGGUCCCUGGGGUGUGACGCUGCUGCGCCGCACAAGCGGGAGAAGUGAACAGGAAGCCCGAAAAGACAACGAGAGUGAGCCCGUCGCAGCAGGCGACACAGCGACCGGUGCCUCUGCUGCAGCAGGAGACAGCAAAGAAGAGGGGGGACGGGUCAGCGUGAGGAGCCUGCUGCAGAUGUGGACUCGCCAAGAGGCAAGCACCACCGCCCCAGCUAGCCAGCCCAGAAGCGCUCCGGACCGGCCCCCCGAAGCCUUGAAUCUUCCGGAGCAGCCUGCCAAGGACCUUCCCUCCAACAUCCAAGAGCAGGGCCCGUCCGCUCACCUCACGUCCACCACUGCUCUGCAACAGAUUGGGACCUUCACCACUGUCCCUUUGGGAGAACUCGGGCAGGCACCUGCUGAGAAACACUCCUCGCUUGAACCUCUUUCUGCGGAACGUGAGCUGUUGAGCGCACCAGGGCAGGUUGACCAAGAGCCGCAAACGGGGCAGCAGCCACUUGGGGGAGAGAGGUUAAUACAACCCAAAGCCCUGGUUGUUAUAGAGACGGAGACCCCUACAGCAGACCAGCGGAGUUCGACUAGCCCACCUUGGGAGACUCUGCCGUCUGCCCAGGAGCUGAGCCCCCUCAAGGUGGCGGGGGCCAACCAAAGCCUGGUCUCAGCACCCGGUGUGGCGGCUCUGGCAACCCCGCCCGGCGUUGCGGGGGUAUUCUUCCGCCCUAAGAAAGUCGCCUGGCGAGCGGGAUCCACGGAGGGGCGGAGCACGCAGAGCAGGAAGGACCGGGAGCCAGGCGCGGUGUCGGGGGCAUCGCAAACCAGUGCUGACGUCAGCAAAAAGGAUGCGGAGCCUGAACUGAAGCAAGGAGGGGCUUCGGCGGUGCCGAUGGAGCCUGCGGCGAAAGUUCAGAUGAUGCCCCUUGUCUCAAGCCCCUCCAAGGAAGCACUCAGCCCUUCGCUCUCAGGGGAGCCGGGGCACAAUGGAACAACCCUUGCAGCUUCCCCGUCCCGUGUCGGACCAGCCGCUCCUUACCCGGUCACAACCGUGCUUGUGCCAGAGGUGCCAGGACCUGGUAGCUUCUCUGAGGCUGUUGCACCCACAGAAAGUCGCCCCACGUCACCCCCCCCGACUCCAGCUGCGACCAUGUACUCCAGCCCUGCCUCCCUCAAGCGGGGGACAUUCUUGGUGUCGCCGCAACCCCCCAUGCUUGGGGACGGGUCUAGUCCCUUGGGCAUGCAAACCGCAGUGUCCGGCAGCCCCGCUGGCUCGGCAACCCCGCCAAUGGGCGGGCAGAGCGCUCCGCCCAUGUCAGAGGAAGUCGUAUCUCCUGUAGCGCACCGGCCGCUGCUCUCGGCAUCGUCCUUCUUCAGCCCCCUGUCCGCCGGUCGAGCAAUCACAGGAGCCGUGAACGCUUCCCCACCUUCCUCCGUCGUCCGGACAGGUUCCCCCUACCCGGGUAGCUUCCCGCUUCUCACAUUGGCCCCCGAGGAAGAAACCCCAGCUGAGCCCGUAGUCUGCCUUCAGGGGGGGCAGUCAGACAGCGGUGACGUGUCCCCGCCCAAUUCUCCAGCUUCCCUUCCCCCGGCGAGCCCCCGCCUCGCUUCGGCGUCCCCUUUCUUCAGCCCCCAGGCAGUCAGGAAGCCAAGCACGCCGGGGGCCGCAAGGAGCCUCUUCUUAAUCGGGGGGCCAGGCGAGACCUUGGGGCCGCGCUUCGAAGCAACUGCCUCAGGGGGAUCUGCGAAGGGAGACCCAGAAGAGAACGAAGAGGGCAGUGCAGUUGCUUCUGUGGAGGUCGGGGAUGCUGUUCGAGGUGGCCAGGAGAGGGUCGAUUCGCCCCCGCCUAUGGCUGCGUCACACUUCUUCAGCCCUCGCAAGGUAGCGCCCUCAGUCCACUUGCAUAUUGGGUUUGCGGGGCUCGUUAGCAGCGGGUUAAGUGGGGGUUAUUCGGCGCCAACCCAGGAGCUGGAGGGGGUUAUUCUGCCCAGCGCGCAAGCGCCAAGUGAAGACGGAUCGACUCCCUCAGACCACGGCGCUGCUGAUGCAGUGCGCCCAAUCUCGCCGCCCCCAGCCUGUGCUGCCGGCUUCUUCAGCCCUUCGAAGCCCGCCUUUUCCAGGGCCUUCAAACGGGCUGAGAUCGAGAAAAAGUGUCUUGACGCCGCCCUCGGGAAGUUCCAAAGGGGACCCGCUAUUCUGCCUGGCGCCAACGCCGAGGUGUUCUUUGAUGCGGGGGAAGAUAUGACACCGUAUGCCAGCGCCAAUUGUUCUCCCAUGAGCGUGCCCGGCAGCAGCCCCGGCAGCGAGAGGUUCGGGCCGUCUCGCAGAGUGUGGGAAGUGGUCGAAGAGGAGGCAGUGGGGCGUCUCGUCGAGUCUUGCACCGGAUUGGCAAGGGGGCCCUCCUUUGAUGACGUCAAGGAGGUGGCUGCGGAUAUGGGCCCAGGUGAAUGGCGGGUUGUCAGCCAGCUGGUUGCUGACACGUGGCAAUCCGACGGCCCGGUUGCAGGGCUUGGGGACGGGGCCAACGUGGAGGGAGAGGGGAAGAGGAGCGAGCUGGGCUCGAGCCACGUGUUGGACUGGAAUUCGCCGGACCACCAGAAGGUGCGGACGCCGCCGUACAGGAGCGGCAUGGCGGGCAUGGGGCAGCGGGGACAGGUGGCGGAACCGACGCCCGUUCCUCGUUCCGCAGCAGGCCUGUUUGCCGAGGCAAAACCGCACCCGGACGGUGAAAGGGCUCUGGCUAGUAUGUACGUGUCCGUGCAACCGGGGGUAGAGGCAGCGGGCAAGGGGGAUCCCCUGGAGGCGGAGAGCAGCGCAGACCCGACGGUGGGAGAAGCCGUCCCCCUGAAAACCUCUGAGAGAUUACUCGAAGGCUCCGGUCCGGCUGCCGAGGACCUGCUCCAGCCUUAUGGAGUCGCACCCAAAUCUGCCAAGGAGCCGGUGACUGUGACACCAGGGCAUAUGGCGGCAAGGGAGGCCGUCGCGAGAAACAGCAACCCCCCGCCCGCUGAAGAAUUGCAGGCAGCUGCCCCCCGGGACACGUCCCCAAGUCCCUCGAAGCCCGGCCUGUGGUCGUCUUUCGUCGGCGGACUUCGUGGGAUGAUCACCCCUCCGAAGCUGACCCCCCCAAAGCGGACAGGGCCACCGCAAGAGACUGAGGCUGUAAGGAGGGCUAGAAACGGCCCCGUUUGGGGAGGCCAAGCGGAGGUCGCUUCGGGGGGUGCAUUUCAGCCGACGUGGGCGUCCCCCCAGAAGGAGCAAGGGACUGGAUUGACGUGCGGAGCAGGACCGGAGGAGGAUUUGGUCGUCGGUGGCGGAGGCGGCAAAGAGCCGAACGAGACAGCCAGAUCAGAAGUUGCAGAGCGGAAUGACUGGACGGCUUCGUUCUCGCCGACCCCGUUCCCGAAACCCGCCUCCCGCAUCACGGCAGCCGAGAACACGCCGACCUCCCAGGAGGAGACACGUGGCGACUCGUCAACGCUGCCAGCUGGCAGCCCGGAGCGGCAGAGAAGCGCCUCCCCAAGAACGCCCCCCCUGGCGAGCGUGGCCUUUGGCUUUGCGUCACGAAACGCAGCACCCCAAACCACUCCAGUCCGCCCAGGCCCCAGUCCGCCGCAGCCCGAAACCCCGGAGCCAGCCUCUCCUGAGCCCCAGCCAGAGCCGGAGACCCCUGCCGAGGUCGAGUUUUCCCCCUGGGAGCGAAUGCAGAUGGCAGCCAUCUUCGAGCACUUCCAGGGGGCGACCAGCCAGCUGGGUGCGCGCGCAUUCUUCAGCGGGGAGCGGGGGACGCAGCAGAACGAUGAGCCGCCUGAAACAUUUGUGGCCUCGGAAUGGGGGGGUGAGGGCGCCGUGAAGAGGUGCGUGAGCGCGGAGAGUGGCGACAGCUGCUUCGAGCUGCCUCCCCAGAAGGUGUUCAGGGGAGCGGUUGAAAGUGACGAUUGCUAUGACGUCGUCGAUCCCAUCGUGCGGGCGGUGCAGGGUGUGCCAGCUGGCAGCAGCCCGUUGGUCAACUACUACGACGUGGCAGAGACUGCGCCAGCGGUAGAAGCGGUGGGUGUGAAAGGGUCCACCGGGAGACUUCCGGUUAGCAGGCCCGUUUACGGAGAAGUCCUGAACAGCAAGCCGCUCGAGCGUGCUCACAGCGGGGUUAGGAAGCCGGGUAAAGCCGAGGUUAAGGCAGCUUACCCCUGGGUUACCGAUCCGUCGCCCACCCUUACCCGGUGGCUGCAGAGCAAUAGAGACGAAGAGGCCUCGUUUUGGGCCCCGCCCUCGAAGCCGGAGCCUGUACCGAACUGGGCCAGGGGCGCCCCCGGCAAAGACGGGGCCUUCGUCGGGCGCAAAACAGGCGAUCCUGUCUUAGCCGCGCCGACCGGCCCAAUCCCUUUUCCGAAAGCUUCGGGCGACCUGCAGGCUAUGCGACCUGCUCAAAAGUCGCCGGAAAGACCUGCGCAGGCUUCCUCGACCACGGCGCGCGCCCGCAAGGGGCCCGUUCCCAUUGACCAGCUGAAGCCCCGUCAUGACCCGAACAAGAAGUACUUCCCGGCGCGUGUGAAUGAGCUCCGAGGUGCUCGAGGGGGGGAAGUUCCAGCGGCAAAGCAAGGGGGGGCAGGCGAUGCUGGUCUGAAUGCGGGGCGCAACUCGUUUUUGGCGCCAGCCGGGUCCCCAAACCAGUCUGGGUUUGCGAAACGGGGCAGGUCUGCCUCCGUAACUGACCGAGCGCAGGAGCAGCGCAACGCCGCCAAAGAGGGCCUCAAGGCGUUCAGGAGCCUCACGCCCCUGCGCUUCCGCAGUGCAAAAGCUGACCCAAACAAGGGAAAUCAGGGUAGCCCUGACGUAGCGCCCUCUCGCUCCGAGCCCCCCAGCCCGGCCCCCGUGACGCAAAGCCCAGUCAAAGACUCCCCAGUUAAAACCCGGCUUCUUUUCCGCCGGACCAGGACGGAAUCCGUUCCGGUCGCGGACUUUCGACAGACAGUCGCCCCGGACGUUGGCGAAGACAAGGAGAACGCGAGUGAGGUCAGCACGCCUGUCAGUGACGUCAGCAAGAUGACGCAGGGCGAGGCCGGUGCUGGUGACCCGGGAGCUAAACGUGCCAGCGGCUUGGGAGGAUCAUCGGACUGCUUCGACCGGGCGCUGAGCUUGAGGGACCCCAACAGAGAGCCCGCCCUGGCAGCGGACUACGUCGACAUGAGCCCCAAAGAUGUGCCCGUCAAGCCUGAAGCGGCCGCUGAGGCGGCGUCGCUUUGGGAGCCCGCAGUCAGCGACGUGGACCCGCCUUCCGCCUGGGCGCAUCUGUCGCCAGCUGACCUGGUGGCCCGCCCGCUGCCGUCGCACGUGGAGGUGUGCCGCUGCUACGUGGUGCGCGAGCACGCCUCCAAGCUGGGCACCGGCGGGCUCUACACGCUCUUCACCGAAGAGGGGGAGGGCCGGGAAGACCGUCAGCUCUUGGUUGCCCGCCACGUGCGCCACGUGGGGCGGUCCGAGUUCGUGAUUGCGGACAGCGCCGAGCAGCUGGGCGAGAAGGGAGGGCCGCGCUGCGUGCUGCGGGCCAACUUUGUGGGGUCCAAAUACACCGCGCAUGCGCGCGACAUGGAGGGCAAGAUCACCGAGGAGAACAAGCUGGCGGAGAUCGGGUACGCCACGACGGCGACCAGCCUGGCCCCCACGUCCCGCCGCAUGCUCGUCACGCUGCCCGUGACUGACGGCGCGCAAGAGCCACCAUUGGCCCUCGUCUCCAAGGCCCCCCUGUUCAACCAGGAGCACAAGCGGUUCGAGAUCAACUACGGCGGGCGUGCGAAAGAUGGCGCGGGCAUCCAACAGUCCGUCAAGAACUUCCAGCUCGUGGCCGAGGCCGCGGAGGACCGCACUUUGCUGCUGUUUGGAAAGGUCGGCAAAGACGUCUUCGUGAUGGACUUCAGGCCGCCUUUCACGGCCACUCAGGCCUUCGCCAUCUGCCUGUCCUCCGUUGACUCGAAGCUGUGUUGCGCCCUGUGACAACCAUCUUCGGUCAAAAGACAGUCGCCCCACAAAUGCCCAUAUACACGAACGCUGUCUUUUGUUGCUUUUCCUGUGGGAUGGGUCGAGGGCGAAGACCAGUUGGCUUAGAAAAUUCUAGGUUUUCGAGCUUUCCGUUUUGAAAUCACAUGUCGGUUUAAUCGCUGUCUAGAACCAAUCUUCAAGAAGUAGGUCCACCCCCGAACGAAGCUUCGUUGCCAACUUCAGACAAAGCAGAUCAGGCUAUGUUCACGAAUCACGACCCACUUGUGGAGUUCUCUAGCCGCUUACAAGUCCUGUAGUUCCGCCUCAAGAACUUUCGUCAGUUGACCCUUGAAGUCACAUUCAAGCUGGACAGAGGUUCCACUGUCUUACCUAUCAAUUACUUGCGGGGUCGUCCGGUGGCCUUAAC